AUGACAUCAAACCCUCCUCAGUCGGGCGUUCAAAAAGGACAGAGCACCGCUACCACCUCCCCUUCGCCCGCCUCCAACACCCCCCUGGCCGCGACUGCUUCGGCGCCGUCCAGGUCCUACGCCAACGCCACGAAGAAGUCCGCGACGGACUCGACCGCCGCUCCCGUCACCGUGGGUGGCUCGGCGCAACAUGGGAAGUCGACUUCCGUGUCUCCUGUGAACGGCAAACCCAUGCAAAACCAACCGACCCAGCAGGCAGCUUCGGGUGUUACCAUCGUGAAUGGCGCCCCGACUGCUCCUGCUGCUUCCCAGGGCGAUCACUCGCGCAAGCCCUCCGUGACUAUCACAUCGGCCGGUACCUCGGGCUACAUUCCUAACGGCGGUCCCGCCGGUCGUCCCAAUAGCCUUCAGUUCGGCUUCGCCAACCAGCAGAGCUCGCCCAACAUGGGCAACCCUGCGCUUGCGUCCAACUUCUCCCUCUCCGAUCCCACAGCCCGCCUCCAGCGGUGGCCGCCCCCUCCCUCGACCUAUCAGGCAGGAAAUGUGCCCAACUUUGGCAGCUUUGGAGAGUCUGGUGAUAACAACGCUCCUCUUGGUCCCGGUCCUCAGCAUCUUCGUCGCGAAUCUUCCCAGUCGACCCACAGCGACAUGAGCAACCACAUGGGCUCUGGACCUGGACGUGGUGGCUACCCUCACCAGGGUGGCCGUGGUCGUGGAUAUUCUCAGUCUAACUACCAAGGACAGCCCUACUCCCCCGGCCCUGACCUUCCGCCCUACUCCCAAUCAGCCUCGCGGUGGUCACAACAUGGGCAAACCGCAGCCCCGCGCUCGCCAACGCGCAUCCCAACCCCACUACCCCCCCAGAUGAACGCAGUUCCCAUGCACAUGCCGCCCCAGGGCUACGGCUAUAACCCGAACAUGGGUCCCCAAAUGGUAAAUUUACACUCUCAUACCUUUUCGCAACGCGGGCGUCGCAAUCUCAAUAGAGGUCGCCGAAACACCUUGACCCCUCAUGAAUUUGAUAUCCGGAAUGGUGUCCGCAAUGGCACGGGCUACCCAUUCAAUCAUGCCCCAACCUACCCCCCAACCUAUGCUCCCAGUACCCAGCCUCCCGACUUGGCUACCCUCCUUUACGACCCCACCUACGGCUACGGUUACCCUACUGGUUACAUGGCACCCCAGGGACAGUACAUGGCCCCUCCCUCGCCCCAACCCCGUGCUGGUCUGCCUUACAACCCCCAGGCUGCCGGAUUCAUGCAGGGCCAGUAUCCCGUUCAGCCGCCACCGCAGUCGACUCCUCUCUCGCGCACGCCCUCUCAGAUGUCUACUGACCGUCCUGGAUCAAGCCUGGGUCAACCCGCUCCAGGUACUCCAGGUGCUACUCACGCUCACACCGGUAGCAGAACUUCUAACAGCCCCGCACCGAAUAAGCCCAACUUCGUCAUUCCCGCCAAGAAGAGCGCCAUUGUCAUCAAGGAUCCCAGUGGUGCUGUUAAGACCUUCGAGAAGACCCCGGCAUCCCCGGCUCGUGCCACACCCUCUCCUGUUAAGAUUUCCACGCCUCCCACUUCGACGCCACCUCCUCGAACCGCCAGCGCCGCCGAUCACUCUCGCACUGAAAGCAAGGUUGCCAGCAGCAAGACUGACGAGGAGAAGAAGCAAGAGUUGAAGGACGCUGUCCGCCAGAAGAUCCAGGAGGAUGAGGCUGCUCAGAAGCGCCAGGCUGAGGAGGCUGCUCGCAAGAGCGCCGAGGAUGUCAAGGCUGCUGAGCCCAAGAAGGAUGAUGCCGCUGAGUCUGCUCGUGCUGCAAUGGAGGACUUGAGCCUGAAGGAGAAGGCUGCCCCUACUGAGAAGGCUGCUACUACUGAGAAGGUUGUCUCGGCUGAGGAGCCCAAGAAGGCCGCCCCCGCUGAGAAGGCCGCCCCUGCUGAGAAGGCCGCCCCUGCUGAGAAGGCCGCCCCUACUGAGAAGGCCGCCCCCGCUGAGAAGGCCGCCCCUGCUGAGAAGGUUGUCUCGGCUGAGGAGCCCAAGAAGGCCGCCGCUCCUCCUCCCGCCGAUGAGGAAGAGAUCGACUUCGAUGCAAUUGAGCGUGAGAUGGCCGAGAUCGAGGCCAAAGAGCGUGCCGCCGAGGAAGACUACAACCGCAAGAAGCAGGAGAAGAAGGAGGCUGCCGAGCGCAAAGAGCGCGAAGAGCGUGAGAAUUACGAGGCUAACAUGAAGAAGGCCGAGCAGGAGGCUGAGGAGCGUGAGCUCGCCCGCGAGGCUGCUCGUGCCAAGGGCGAGACUGUUUCCGAUGAGUCCAAGGAGCUCUUUGCUUCUCUGAAGACGGGCGGCUUCGGUGCCACCGAGACCUCUACCCCUGGCGACAGCGGUGCUGCCACUCCUCCCGCUGGCCUGAAGCUCGACACCCCUAAGCCCACCGAGCCUCUGCAGCCCAGCGCUGCCAUGAAGUCUCUUCAAAAUGCCAAGUACCUGGAAGAUCUCAGCAAGGUCACAUACCCCUCCGCCUUUACCGCCCCCGACGCUACUUUGAAUGCCUCUUCUCCCGUUGGCCGUCGAUUCCACUAUGACCGUGACUUCUUGCUCCAGUUCCAGGCUAUCUUCAAGGAUAAAAUCUCCGUUGACUGGGAUUCUCGUGUCCGUGAGACUGUUGGCGAUAGCGACGCCUCCUCACGCCCCCAGUCUGCCCGCACCCCCAGCAUGGGUGGCCGCUCUAACUCCCGCAGCGCCAUGGGAACCUUCCCCGGCUCGAUGGGUCAGUUUGGUCAGCCCGGAAACCGCCACAGCAUGCCUCCUGUCAACUCCGGCAUGGGUCGCGGUGGCUUCCCCGGUAGCUUCCCCGGUGGCCCUGGCAUGCGUGGAAUGGGUACUCCCUCUAUUAGCCGCAGUGGCUCCAACUUGGGUCCCAUGUCUCCUCGCAACGUUUCCAGCAAGGGCCGCAAUGCCUCCAAGGCUAAGCACAGUGACAAGAAGGAGCAGGAGCACAACAAGUCCAUGCCUCUCACUGCCGGUAUGGAUUUGAAGGCUCUUGAGGUCUCCUCCAGUGGCUGGAAGCCCCGUAGCAUCGGUCAAGCUUCCGCGGCCGGCCCUGCCCCUGGUGGCGAAGGCUACCUUGCUCCUGAUGUCGUGCAGCGUAAGGUCAAGUCUCUUCUGAACAAGAUGACACCUGAGAAAUUCGACCGUAUUUCCGAUCAGAUUCUUGAGAUCGUCUCUCAAUCAAAGGACGAGACCGAUGGCCGUACUCUCCGCCAAUGCAUUCAGUUGGUGUUCGAGAAGGCUACCGAUGAAGCCCACUGGGCACCUAUGUAUGCUAAGUUCUGCAAGCGUAUGCUUGAGAGCAUGAGUUUGGACAUCAAGGAUGAGAACAUCCGCGAUAAGAACGGAAACGUCGUUGCCGGUGGCAAUCUCUUCCGCAAGUACCUGCUCAACCGUUGUCAGGAGGAAUUCGAGCGCGGUUGGAAGGUUAACCUGCCUGAGAAGCCGGAGGGUGUUACCGAAGAGAUCGCGAUGAUGUCCGACGAGUACUAUAUCGCUGCUGCUGCUAAGCGUCGUGGUCUUGGUCUCGUCAAGUUCAUUGGUGAGCUUUACAAGCUGGGCAUGUUGACUGAGCGCAUCAUGCACGAGUGUGUUAAGAAGCUGGUCGACUAUGAGGGUAUGCCCGAUGAGGCCGAAGUUGAGUCGUUGACUUCUCUUCUGCGCACCAUUGGUGCCUCCCUGGAUGCUUCCGAGCGUGGCCACGCCAUGAUGGAUGCUUACUUCGCUCGUAUUAACCUCAUGGUUGAGACACCCGGCCUUCCUAGUCGUCUGCGUUUCAUGCUUUUGGAUGUCAUUGAUCUUCGUGCCAAGCGCUGGGCUUCGAAGGAUGCCGACAAGGGUCCCAAGACCAUCACACAGAUUCGCGAGGAGGCUGCGCGCGCCCAACAGGAGGCGGAGGCGGAGCGCCAGCGCCAGCAAGCCAACCGUGGCGGCGGUGGCCGUCCCCAAAUGGGACGUGGUGACGCCCGUGGAUUCAGCUACGGAGGCCACCAAGCACCCCCGCCCGACUAUGCCUCCAGCAAGGUUGGUAGUGACGACCUUCGCCGUCUUCGCGCCACCCGCAACACCAACCAGAGCACUCCCUUCGGCUCUAGCCUCCUCGGCUCGCGCAGCAGCAGUGGCCGCAAGAACCUGGGUCCCGGUGGCAGCCUGGUCCGCGGCAGCGACGAUAGUGCCGCCAGCAGCCGCAGUGGCACUCCCGCUGGCAAAAAGGAGGACAAGGAUGCUUCCUCUUCAAUGAACGCUUUCAGCGCCCUUGCUGCGCUGGAAGACCGCGAUAACAUGGCCACCUCCCCGCCUUCAAACCCUACCUCCCCGGCUCUCACCAAGUCGCAGCCCGCCACCGAGCGUCGGCCCUCAAAAACCCCGUCGAAGGAUGACGAGAACGCAGCAUAG